UGUCCAUGUCCAGUGGUCAUUGGGCAAACGGCAGGAUACACCUUGGGCAGGGAGAGCGUCAGGACUCGGAUUUUGUUGAGGAGAGAAACGCCCAGGUGCAGCUGGAAAAGGCUAAGUACAAGCCUGUGGCCUUUGCUGUACGUUGCAACUUCUCUUACACGCCAGCUGACGACGACAACGUCCCUGUGCCGGGCCAAGCCGUCACAUUUGAGGCCAAAGACUUCCUUCAUGUCAAAGAGAAAUUUAACAAUGAAUGGUGGAUCGGACGGCCGGUGAAGGAGGAUGGGGUGGUGGGCUUCGUCCCCAGUCCGGUUAACCUGGAAACCAUUCUCAUCAGAAGAGAAGUCCAAGCCAGAAAAGCUGCCAAGGCCUUGGCCAGCAAAGCAGCAGCUCAAGCAGCUCAAGACAUGAACUCAAAGAAAUACACUCCUCCUUCACAAGCCAACCAGCAGGUGAAAAAGAAACCGGGGGAACAGGUGACCAUGUAUGAUGUUGUGCCAACAAUGCGACCAGUGGUUCUGAUGGGACCGUCAUUGAAGGGCUUAGAGGUUACUGACAUGAUGCAAAAAGCACUAUUUGACUUUCUAAAACACAGAUUUGAAGGAAGAAUCACUAUUACAAGGGUGACGGCUGACAUCUCGCUGGCUAAACGCUCCAUCCUCAACAACCCUGGCAAGAAGGCCUUAAUGGACCGGUCCAACACACGCUCUAAUUUAGAUGCUGCCGCCCAGAUCCAAGGGGAGGUGGAGCGAAUAUUUGAGCUGGCCCGGAGCAUGCAGCUAGUGAUUUUGGAUGCAGACACAAUUAACCACCCACUGCAAGUGUCCAAGACUUCACUUGCUCCAAUUCUUGUUUAUGUGAAGAUAUCUUCACCAAAAGUGCUGACGAGACUCAUCAAGACAAGAGGAAAAUCUCAAACCAAACAUCUUAACGUUCAACUUGUGGCAGCAGACAAGCUGGCCCAGUGUCUGCCGGAAAUGUUUGAUGUCAUAUUAGACGAGAACCAGCUUACUGACGCCUGUGAGCACAUCGCCGAUUACCUUGAAUCUUACUGGAGAGCAACGCAUCCACCAGAGAUGGAGCCUUCAAAUGCACUUGUAGCACAGCUGGCUGAGAACACAUUGCCUGCCUCUCCAACAGUACCGGAUGAGCAGAAGAGUAAGAAGCCGGCUGCCUCCAAGAGGAAGGGCUCACGUGGGAACCACCCAGACAAGGAGACCCCACCCGCCCCGGAUCAGGAGGACAGAGUUGAAGAAGGCCAAAGAAAGGAAGAAGAGGAGCGACUUCUGAGGACAGAACCAAAAAGACCGCAGCACACCCACCACCACCACCACCACCGCCGCCGGAUGGAGCACCACAGCCACGCCCAGCACAGCCAAAUAUCUGGUGGCRUGAAUGUAAAGUCGGGCAGAGAUUACAGCCAGAGGCCUCCAAGGAGACCCCUGCAUGAGGAGAGGGACGACGAGGUGGAGGAAGCGGUGGUGGAGGRCGAUGAGGAGGAGAUGCACUACAACCACCAGGGUCAUAACCAUCACCACCACAGUAGCAACCACCACCAUCAUCAUCACCAUCAUCACCAACGCCAUCGUGGCCAGCUGCAUGACAGGGAAGGCCAUGAGCAGGAGCACAACGAACGCAACCGGCAUCAGAGGCAUCACCAGCACAUCCCAACACGGACACACCAUGCAGGCCUCUAUCCUGCACACAACCACCACAACUACCACCACCAGGGCAGAGAUCGGGACAGAGACAGAUACAAGGACAGGGAGAGCGAUUGGGAUCGAAUCAGAGACAGAGACGCACGUCRGUGGCACAAAGAUUCUUACAUGGACGACUGACAUGUUUCUACUCCCAAGCGGAUGCACAGUUUUAUGCUGCCCAUUUUAUAAUGCACUCAUAGGUGAAACAGUCAUUUUUGAAGGUAAUCUAUUCUUUCAUACUGUUUAUUACUCUUUAACACUAUUUCGUUCUCUCCACACAGCCUGAUUCACUUGAUCUCCUACGAAAACAGAAGCAAACUACAAAUUCUAAUUCAAACCCUAAAAGGGGGAUUUGCUUCUCAAACUGUGUUGCCAAGCAGAUUACAAGUCUCUGCAACAUUUCCAAGUCUGCAUGCAUUUGUAGGAAGUAUUUCCAAUAUUUAUUUCAGUUUUUGCAAUUUAAAAGCAUUGGAUUUUACCAUAAAUAGUUACUGAGAAACAUUUACCAUCUCAUGAAUUCUGGUAAGAAUUGAACAUCAGAUUUGGAGGAAACAAAGAAAAAGAACAAUGCACUGCAGCCUUUAUAAAAUGAGGGCAUAGAUGGAACCUUUCAUUGACUCAGGAGUGCCUGACUUUUCAUAUGAUUUCUGUAAUCUCCAAAUACAUUUUCCAAAACGCUACAUAAAAUCUAGCCAUCUUUGUUUCAGUCUCAAGGUUGUCCCUCUGCAUCUGUAGUUGUGCAGUUUAUUGACAUUGAAUAAAUAUUUCAAAAUUGCCAUCCCUAAAUUUUUUUCCCUUUUGAUCAGGUGAAAAAGAUGAUCCUUAAAGCAUUAGGAGGCAUCUGUAAUACAAAAGUCUGUCUUUUUCUCUUUCACAUUAUGUGCCUGCUGUGUUUGUGGCUGAAGGUAACAUUUGGGUUGUGCAGAUUUUUUUCUGUAUUAUUGAUCUGGCACAAACCUACCAUUGUCGACGGGCAUCUUUGCACUGUGACAUAAUCAGUGCUGUUUGCUUUAUAAAUUAGAUGCAGAGACGGUGCUGACACCUGGAGCAAAUAAUGUGCAAAAAUCUGUACCUAAAAGCAAUUUCAGCGCAGCCCUGCUGAAUAAUCCCAUAUGCAUUUAUUUUUUAGCCUUUACAAAACAGAAAUUAGACACUUUUAUCCUCAUUUACGUUACGGUUCUUUUUAUUUUUUACGCUUAUCUGGACAAAAGAAAGUUUUCUUCAGUAUAAUUUUAACAUAAAUGAAAAUAACAAAACAAUUAUUUUUGUAUUCCAUUUUUAUUGUCAAUUCUUCUUUACAUAUUGAUCAAAUAUGAUAAACAAUUCACAUACCUUUUWCAAAUUUACAUCAUCAACACUAGGCAAUACAUUUAUCAGUCAUCAAAAAUGUUUAAAAAUCAUUAACUUCCUCCUUAAUCAAAACCACAAUCAUGAAGAUAACUUAAAGAAUUAACUGGAGACAGCUAAUCGUUUAUAGAAAAGUUUAGCUAACGAAGUUCUAAUUGCUCAUUAGUUUCUGUGUAGCAGAUAUUUGAAUUUCAUCUUUAGUUUGGAUUGGUCUUAAAGUGAAGUCAUUUAAAAUUUUGCAAAUCAAAAUUUCAGCAUUGUACAAAAAAAACCCCCAAUUUCUUUCUGAAUAUUUCAAUUACAUAUUCAGGAAACCACUUUAUGUGUUUUUCCCUAUUAAAAUGUUUCCUUCACAUUUGCACUUUAAUUAGUCUCUGAACGCUAUUGCUUUAUUUUACUUUAAGCACUAAAACCUAAAUAUAGUACAUAUAAUUUUAACACAUUUUCUGCUCUACUUUUGGAAAAGUCUGAACCUAUUUGCUGUCUUGCAUUUGGUCUGUCUGGAAGCAUGACUAAUCUUGUGGUCACACUCAGUGUAUGCAGGAUAAUCUAUGCAUUUUGUUGUGAUAAAACAUGUUGCUUGAAUACAAUCUAUGCAUUUGUACAUACUUCAUAAUUGCCUUGMWAUUUAAAUGAAGGGAGGACUUGAGAGUCUGUUACAUCACYAAGUACUGUAGACCUAAUGAGUAUGACUGCAUCGAGUAAACAAGACUGAUUAUUCCUUUGUAGAUUUAUUUUGUUUAUAUAAUUUUGUACAGCAUUCAAAAGUUCAUUUUGACAGGUAUGUAUUCUAUUGUUAAAAAUCAUUAAAAUAUAUUAUAUGC